ACAGAAAAAAAGAAAUUCAACUGCUAGAGAAAUUAACAGGCACAAGCAUGGUAGGAAUGAUAUUAUAUUUCCCACAGCAUAACGGGGAACGCACCGUUUUAAGGUUUGAAAAUUGAAAUUGCUGAAACUUAGAAGUCGUGUCCGAGAGUUUGGAAUGGUUUAAAGAGAAGUAGAAGGGAAGGAAUGGAAAUUGCAAGAGGAGGAUGAGGAAAUAGAGAUGCAGAUUUGUGUGAGAAAUUAAUGAAAGCAAACGAAAAAAUGGCGAACAAGUCGAGCCCCGCCACUGGCCCUCCUAAAUCCGGAGAUGCGGUUUCGAAAAGCUACAACUUCGCUUCUAACUGGGAACAGAACGCUCCUUUAUCAGAGCAGCAACAAGCAGCCAUUUUGGCUUUAUCUCAUGCGGUUGCCGAACGUCCUUUUCCUCAGAAAUUGGCCCAAGAUCAUAUCUCUAGGCAGGGCAGUGGGUUGACCGUCUCGACCAAGGGCAACGCCUUGGGCUUUGAAGGUUCUGGAACUAUCGAUUCUGUUCUAGUCAACACAAAUCAGUUCUACAAAUGGUUUACUGAUCUAGAAUCAGCCAUGAAAUCUGAGACAGAAGAGAAGUAUCGGCAGUAUGUAAACAUAUUGACAGAUCGGAUACAGACAUGUGAUGCCAUACUUCUUCAGGUGGAUGAGACCCUAGACUUAUUUAAUGACCUACAGCUGCAACAUCAGGCAGUAGCUACUAAGACAAAAACUCUACAUGAUGCAUGUGAUCGAUUGGUAGUUGAGAAGCAAAGGUUGAUUGAAUUUGCAGAAGCACUUCGCAGUAAGCUCAACUACUUUGAUGAACUGGAGAAUAUUUCUACCAAUUUUUAUUCCCCAAAUAUGAAUGUUGUAAAUGAGAACUUCCUACCACUUCUUAAACGCCUUGAUGACUGCAUAUCGUAUGUUGAAAGCAAUCCACAGUAUGCAGAAUCUAGUGUUUACUUGCUCAAGUUUCGACAACUGCAGUCUCGAGCCUUGGGGAUGAUUCGCUCUCAUGUACUUUCUGUUCUUAAAAGUGCUUCCUCUCAGGUCCAAGCAGCGAUCCGGAGCAGUGGUGGAAGCAAAGCAUCUCUUUCUGAGGGUGUGGAGGCAUCUGUUAUAUAUGUCCGUUUUAAGGCAGCAGCAAGUGAGCUUAAGCCGGCGCUAGAGGAAAUUGAAAGCAGAUCAUCAAGGAAAGAAUAUAUGCAGUUGCUUUCAGAAUGUCAUAGACUGUAUUGUGAACAGAGGCUUUCUUUGGUAAAAGGCAUAGUGCAUCAACGGAUAUCUGAAUUCACCAAGAAGGAAUCCUUGUCAUCAUUGACUAGAUCUGGGUGUGCAUAUCUGAUGCAGGUCUGUCAGCUUGAGCACCAACUCUUUUAUCAUUUUUUCCCAUCUUCUUCAGAAGAUGUUUCAAGUUUGGCACCAUUGAUAGAUCCUCUGUCGACGGACUUGUAUGAUAAAUUGCGGCCAAAAUUUAUUCAUGAGACAAACAUUGAUUCUCUUUGUGAGCUGGUUGAUAUUCUUAAAGUUGAAGUCCUGGGAGAACAGCUAAGUCGACGGAGUGAAUCUUUAGCAGGUUUACGUCCUACACUGCAGAGAAUUCUUGAAGAUGUUCAUGAGCGAUUGACUUUCCGAGCUAGAACACAUAUACGUGAUGAGAUAGCAAAUUAUCUGCCUUUGGAUGAAGAUUUGGAUUACCCUGCAAAGCUGGAAAAAUAUACUGAGCAAACACCUGAAAUAGCUCCAGCUGAUGAAAAUGCUGAUGUAUUCAAAUCAUGGUAUCCACCACUAGAGAAAACGCUAUCUUGUCUUUCAAAGUUAUAUCGUUGUUUAGAGCCAACGGUUUUCACAGGUUUAGCGCAGGAAGCAGUAGAAGUGUGCUCUAUAUCUAUUCAAAAAGCAAGCAAACUAAUUAUGAAGAGAUCAUCACCAAUGGAUGGGCAGCUUUUCCUCAUAAAGCAUCUUCUUAUCUUAAGGGAGCAGAUUGCACCUUUUGAUAUUGAGUUUUCAGUGACACACAAGGAGCUUGAUUUCUCUCACUUGCUGGAUCAUAUAAGACGCAUUUUCAGAGGUCAAGCCUCUCUAUUCGACUGGGCUAGAUCUACUUCACUUGUUAGGACCUUAUCUCCUAGGGUUUUGGAAAGUCAAAUAGAUGCCAAGAAGGAACUAGAAAAAAGCCUGAAGGCCACUUGCGAGGAGUUCAUUAUGUCGGUCACUAAGCUAGUUGUUGAUCCUAUGCUUUCAUUUGUCACCAAGGUCACAGCUGUAAAAGUUGCAUUAUCCUCCGGCAGCCAGAAUCAAAAGCUAGAGUCAGUUAUGGCCAAACCGAUAAAGGAUCAAGCUUUUGCUACUCCAGAUAAAGUGGCUGAACUUGUGCAGAAGGUGAAGACUUCUAUUCAACAAGAGUUGCCAACUGUGAUGGCAAAGAUGAAGCUUUACCUGCAGAAUCCAUCAACACGAACUAUACUAUUCAAACCAAUAAAGACAAAUAUUGUCGAAGCCCAUGUACAAGUACAAAACCUACUAAGGACCGAGUAUUCCCUGGAAGAGAUACAAAACGUCAUAAAUAUGCCGUCCAUACAUGAACUUCAAGGUCAACUUGAUCGUCUCCUCUAGGGUGCUCGUGAAGUAUUAUUAAAUUACGUCAUACAGGUUUUCCUUUCAGUUGAAGAUUUUUACGGCACACUUGGGAGUUUUAGUUCAAGAUUGUGGAAACGAUUUUCUGGAAUAUCCAUACUUAUAAAUGAAAUAUAUGUAUUCAUUUUUUGAUGUCAAAUAGUUAGCCAAUUAGCAGUCGUUUACGGAUCGUUGAAAGCAGAUAUAGCUCGUGAGCCGUGUAGUUUUAUAUGAUGGUAUACAUGUCAAUUUAUGUAUGUUGAUUAACGAAAGCAAGAUAUACAAAAUUAAUCUCUUUUUUUACCUACUAAA